UAGUAAAAGCCAGUGUUUUCCUCUCUCUGGACUUGUGGCGGCAGACAACGUUAUACGCCGCUCUCUCUCUCUCUCUCUCGUUCUUGCUUCUUUUGAUUCUCUUCGCUGUAUUGCAACCUGUCGAAGCGACCCACUUGUUCUGCUCUUCAAAGAUUUAAUCUUUUGUCCUUCCCCUAAAAAAAAAAAAAAAAAAAAAAAUUGGGGGGGGGGGUGGGAGUAAACUCUGUCAAUGUCAAUUUAAGUUAUAUAAGCGACGGGAAUGCCGCAAAAUAGAAACUUGCUGUAAAAAUUCGCAAUGGUUUGAUAUUCUUUUGAAGUCGUGAGGGAGAGAGAGAGAGAGAUAGUGUGUGGGUUAUCUGCGCGGUGUCACUUUCUGUCGGCAUUGUCGGAUGACUUGAUUCUCUCUUACCAUCUCUUGGUGAUGUUUAUUCUUAGAAACAAGUGCGGCGGAGAUUGAUCCUUCACGGGCUUGUCUUGAUUCCGUUUUCCGAACCAUCCAUCGGGGAUGCUUUCUGGGUUUUAUCGGGUCUCUAUAUCUGUGUUCGUAGACUUUUUCCUUCUGGGGUUUUGUCUCUGAUAAUCCAUUGAUUGAUUUUGUCUCUACGCAAUAAAGUAAUUCCCCCCCCCCCCAAUUGAAUGUCGGAAAUGUGGGGAUUCGCGCCGUUGAUUUAGGAAAUUGUCGAUUCUGUGAUGUUUAUUCGCCGAUGAGCUUGAGCUUUUCCUGAGAUCUGCUUGCGUCGCCUCUUCUCUGGCUUUCAAGUGUUAUCGCAUGGUAGUCGCCUGGAGAAUUUCUGAGAGAGGUUUCUGUACCAAAUGUCAACAACUCUUGCGGCAGCCAUUGGAGGUGCUGCGGGAGCUCUUGCAUUCGUAGCUCUCUUGAUCCUUCUCCUAUGGUUUUGCCUCUUUCGCCGCCAGAAUGUGUCAAGAACUUCUGAGACAGCCUCUUCAGAUCCUUCCAUUCAAGCAGAAAGAAAUGUUGCUAUUGAGUUGUCUCUACGAGAAGCCAGAAGGUUUGAAAUGGAAGAGUUGGCUCAGGCCACAAAGGGUUUUACCAGUAAGAGCCUCAUAGGUAUUGGCAAAUUCGGUGAGGUUUACAAGGGAUUGCAUCAAGAUGGCAUGCUCGUGGCCAUCAAGAAGCGAACCAGGUCGCCUACUCAGGAAUUUGCCAAUGAGGUCCGGUAUCUGUCAUCUAUCCAUCACCGCAACCUUGUCACUCUCCUGGGUUACUGUCAGGAAAACAAUAUGCAGUUUCUCGUUUACGAGUAUGUUCCUAAUGGAAGUGUUUCCAGUCACCUGUACGGUGAUGGUGGCAAAGGACCUGGACGGAAGCUAGAAUUCAGAAACAGGCUUACGGUAUCUCUAGGGGCUGCUAAAGGGUUGGCACAUCUUCAUUCUCUGAGUCCUCGACUGAUACACAAGGAUUUCAAAACAGCCAAUGUUCUUGUAGAUGAAAAUUUCAUUGCUAAGGUUGCUGAUGCAGGACUUCCUAAUCUCCUGGGAAGAGAGGAUGUUGGUUCAUCCUCUCAAAUGGUGGCAGACAAGAUAUUCCUUGCCCCCGAGGUUCAAGAGUUCAGAAGAUUUUCAGAGAAAAGCGACGUAUAUGCCUUUGGAGUAUUCCUCUUGGAACUAGUGACUGGACGAGAAGCAUCAGAACCGUCCCCUUCGAAUUCAUCCCGAACUCUUGUGGAAUGGAUGCAAAACAACAUGGAUAACGAGGAUCUUUCCACCGCGGUGAUCGACGAGAGACUGGGGAAUAGCUACACAGCGGAGGGAAUGGAGGAGCUGAUGAGAUUAACGAUGAGAUGUUUGCAAGUGUCGAGCGAGAGGAGACCAGGGAUGAGCUAUGUUGUGGCAGAACUGGAGAGAAUACUGGACAAAGAAGUGAGCUUAACUACACUAAUGGGCGAAGGCACGCCAACUGUUACUCUUGGAAGCCAGCUUUUCAAAUCCACAAAGUGAAAGAGAAAAAAACCGGACUUGGGUGUUGUGUUUGAAGUGUUCAGGUACCGAAAUUCGCCAUCUUUACACACAUAUAUAUAUAUACACAUAUAUAUAUCGAAGUUUUCCUCUUGUGAGAGACCAAGACUGAAAGAGGAGGAGGAGGAGGAUAAUUCAGCUGUUUGAUUGUAAGUGUAUAAAGAGCAGCUGCGCUAUUCGUUUGUUUGUUUGUUUUUUCCAUCUCCUUUCGGGGGGUGAUAUGAUAUUUCCCAGAUUUGUUGUUCUUUUUUAAACAAUUUGAGUGCAGAGAAUAACGUUUGUAAACAUCAUUUGUUGAUUAAAAAUCAAGGGAGCAAAAGAGUGUGGUUUUCA